AUAUUGAUGAGUGUUCUCAGACCCCAGACAUCUGUCUGUUUGGGACCUGCUCCAACACUGAGGGCAGCUUCACCUGUGUGUGUCCCGCCGGCUUUCAGCUGUCCUCCUCGGGACGCAGAUGCGUGGAUGUCCGUGUGAACUACUGUUAUACUAAGUUUGAGAGUGGUCGCUGCCUGGCCCCUAAGCCUCUGAACACGACUAAAGGGGACUGCUGCUGUAGUGCCAUGCCUGGUCAGGGCUGGGGAGACCCCUGUGAGAUCUGCCCAGGCAAGAAUGAGGAGGCCUUUACGUCUCUCUGCCAUGCGGUUGGACAGGUGUUUGGCCCUGAUGACCAGCCCAUAGACAUUGAUGAGUGCACCGCCAACCCCAACAUCUGCAACAACGGUCAGUGUAUCAACACGGACGGGUCGUUCCGAUGUGAGUGUCCCUUUGGCUUCCGACUCGACACCUCAGGGAUCAACUGUGAAGAUACUAAUGAGUGUGACCUGGGGAACCCGUGUGGAAAUGGAACGUGCACUAACGUGAUUGGAGCGUUUGAGUGUGCAUGUGACGAAGGCUUCGAACCCGGACCCAUGAUGUCUUGUGAAGAUGUGAAUGAGUGUUCCCAGAAUCCUUUGCUGUGUGCGUUCCGCUGCAUGAACGUGAUUGGUUCCUACGAGUGUAAAUGUCCAACAGGCUACGUGCUGCGAGAGGACAAGAGGAUGUGCAAAG